AUGGCAGAGGAUGCACUGCUGUCGUUCCUCCAGCAGACGGAGGAGAUUUCGGUGGAGAAGGAGGGCAGCACGGCGUCCAUCAAGCUCCUGAAUGCGUCGCUCCGGCCGCUCGUGGUGAAAUAUCCCUGGGAGGCGCGCCUCGGGGAUCAGAGCUAUUCGGCAAGAUUGUUCGCGGACAUCCAUGUCAGGCUCUCUAACGAGAAGGUCGACGAGUCCUUCCGAAAUGACGAAGUUUUUGUCGGAGAGAUUCCGUGUAUGAUCGGCUCCAAGCUCUCAAACCCCCAUGCCGAUGGAAAAAUCGAUUGUCCUCUUGAUCCUGGAGCCUACUUCAUCGUCGAGGGAGCUGAGAAGGUUGUGGUGCCUCAAGACUCGAGCUUUGGGGCGAGAUGCUCCAUCUCUCGGAAGGGAGCUACGUUGUUUAUCCCAACAAAGGCUUGUCUUUCCGGAGCAAUUUCACGAGAGUUCUUCUCAAGGAGGACAAAGGAAUCAUCAACCUGGAGUUGUCUAUCACGGGAGCCGAUCCAGUCCGGAUCGUCGUAACGCUUCGUGCUCUGGGAUUGGCGACGAACAAGAGUGUCCUAGACGUGCAGAGAGCAGAGAGCAGAGAGCUCAUUUGGCAAAUAGCUCACUGAAGCCUCAAAUAAGAACAUGUACCUCUUUAUUGUAGUAAAGAGCAUGAACUCAUCAAUCUUUUAAA